UGGUAAGGCUGAAUCGAACAGUAUUUCGUCCUUUGCUCUAUAUCUGUUAAUAUGGGUCUUUCUACUGAGGCUGUCAACAAUAUAACGUCCACCCUCAACGCUGCCUGCGUCGAUGGUGACAAAGGUAUUCCAGGGUUGGUCGGCAUAGCCAUUGGAAAGGAUGGUAAGGAGCUCUACGCCCAUGCUGCCGGCAAGAGAGGCUUUGGCUCUUCUGAGCCGAUGACCCUUGAUAGCAUUUUCUGGAUAGCAUCUUGUACCAAGAUGAUUACCGGUGUUGCAUGUAUGCAGUUAGUGGAGCAAGGCAAGCUGUCACUGGACGAUGCGAACCAAGUCGCACAGCUGUGUCCCGAGAUCAAGAACUUAGGCGUCUUGCAGCCUGAUGGCAAGCUCGUACCAGCAAAGAGAGGAAUCACUCUCAGGAUGCUGUUGUCGCAUACCGCGGGCUUCGGCUAUACGUUCUUUCACGACGGUCUUCGUGAUUACAGCAAACCCAUUGGGUACGAUGAGUUCUCAGGGCAUAUCAAAGACUUGAUUCAGCCACUGGUCCAUCAGCCUGGUGAGGGUUGGCAAUAUGGUGUCAAUAUAGACUGGGCUGGCAUUUGCGUCGAACGUACCACCAAUAUGUCGUUGAACGACUACUUCCAGCGCAACAUCUUCCAACCCUUAGGCAUCAGGAAUAUCUCCAUGUUUCCCAACGCUGAGAUGAAGGCAAAGCUGGCGUACAUGAAUGCGCGCACACCAGAUGGUCAGCUUCAACCACGAGAUCAUCUCCUCCACCGGCCAUUGGUCGUGGAGAGUCAGCAAGACAUUGCGACAUGCGUCAACAGUGGAGGGGCUGGCGCCUUUGCGCGGCCGCGAGAGUAUUGCCAAAUCCUGGCCACCUUGCUGAAUGACGGCACAUCGCCGAUUACCGGCGCACAAAUUCUGAAAAAGGAGACGGUGGAUUUGAUGUUCCAAAACCAGAUUCCCGAGUUCCCGGACUUUUCACGCCAGGGAAUCCCUCCAGCCAAGCCGGACCUGACCAAUGCCAUACCAGACUUGUAUCCAGGCAAGCAGCAGGGCUGGGGGUUGACCUUUAUGCUGAGCGAUGGGCCAACCGGCAGGUCGACGGGCACAGGCCAUUGGGCGGGCCUGCCCAACCUUUACUGGUGGUGCGAUCGCGCCAAGGGAGUAGCCGGGAUGAUUUGUUCUCAAAUCCUUCCUUUUGCAGACCCCCAGGUGCUCGGUCUCUGGGUUGCCCUCGAAUCAGGAGUGUACGGUGGCCUAAGUUAGGUACUCAGGGGACCAAGUUGCCCGUUA